AUCUUUUAUCUGCAACAUUCCAAAUCCAAAUCUGUCAUUUAUACACAUGCAUACAUGCCUGUUCUAGUAACUAAUCUAAGCUGAGCUGAGGAAAGGGAGGGAAAAAAGUUAUGGAAAACGCGGCGAACAUUAAGAGAAAAGAUGGUAAUAAUAGUAACAGAAACCUGGAAACCUUGCUAGACUUGGACAAAUCCGAUGAGCUGAGCAAAAAUGUGGCUAAGCACCAGCCAUCACGGAAGCUGAUUCGAGGCGAAGGUCUAGAGUACGAGAACCUGUGUUAUAGCGUCACCAAGGUGCAGAAGAAAGACGGGGUGAGAAUCAACAAAGAAGUUUACCUUCUCAACGAUAUCUCGGGCCAGGCUAUUCGAGGUGAAGUUCAGGCCAUCCUGGGGCCUAGUGGCGCGGGGAAAUCCACUUUUCUUGAUGCUUUGGCUGGCCGGAUUGCUCGUGGAAGCCUCGAAGGAUCUGUUAGAAUUGAUGGGAAACCGGUCACAACGAGCUAUAUGAAGAUGAUUUCUUCGUAUGUGAUGCAAGAAGACCAGCUAUUCCCCAUGUUAACCGUCUUCGAGACCCUCUUGUUUGCAGCAGAACUUAGGCUCCCACCUUCGGUUUCUCGACCAGAGAAGAAGAAAAGAGUCGACGAGCUCCUCGAUCAACUAGCCUUGACGAGUGCUGCACAUACUUACAUUGGAAACGAAGGGAAGAGAGGAGUAUCGGGUGGAGAGCGACGAAGGGUGUCUAUUGGCAUUGACAUUAUCCAUAAACCAUCCGUCUUGUUCCUCGACGAACCCACCUCGGGUCUUGAUUCCACAAGCGCUUAUAGCGUAGCAGAAAAGGUUAAAGACAUAGCGAAAAGUGGCAGCAUAGUAGUCAUGACAAUUCACCAGCCUUCCUUCAGGAUCCAAAUGCUCCUCGAUAGCAUCAUAGUUCUCGCUAGGGGAAGACUUGUAUAUUCAGGAACUCCAACUGAUCUACCCGGUUACCUCUCGGUAUUUGGAAGGCCAGUUCCAGAUGGGGACAACAGCUUAGAAUACCUCCUCGACGUGAUAAAAGAGUACGAAGAAUCAACAGUCGGGCUUGAUCCUCUUGUCUCCUAUCAACGCAAUGGCACCAAACCUGAUCAGGUAGCCAUGACCCCGAUUCCCAAAACACCAAAAGCUCCAUUUACUCCUGCAAAAUCAUCGCCUUGGCCCAAGCCUUUAAGCUUCAUUAGCAAUCAGUUCUCCACUUCAAAUUCAGCAGAUUCUAUGCAAUUUUCAUACAACGAUGAGGAUGAGUUCGAUAAAUCCUUGGAGCGGAGGACUGCUCAUAUGCCAACGAGCAUGCACGGUGGAGCUUACAAUCCUCGCCUAGCUUCUCAUUUCUACAAAGACUUCUCACUGUGGCUCUACAAUGGUGUCAAGGGGACGCCUCACCGCCCUCCAACGUGGACCCCAGCCCGAACUCCUGGAGUGGCUUCGGGUAAAACAUCCACUACUUCUGGUGCCAGGAGUUUGAAUUCGAGUGAAUAUAUAACAUCUCAACCGACCACAGCUCUUCCAAUAACUCCUCCAGUUUUCACCUCCGAACCACAAUCCUAUGUUGAAGAAUUUGAGACUGAAGAAGUGCUUGAUGAACCAGAAAACCGGGACAAGUUUGCAAACGAGUGGCUCCGGGAGGUAGCAGUGCUGUGUUGGCGCACAGGGCUUAAUGUUAUCCGAACUCCCGAGCUCUUCCUGUCCCGACUGAUAGUCUUGACAGUGAUGGCUCUGGUUCUAUCUUCACUCUUCAAGAGGCUAGAAGAUUACGACUUUAGAACAGUUAACCUUCUUCUCAACUUCUACAUCUUCGCCAUCUGCUUAGCCUUCUUCUCUUCCAACGAUGCAGUCCCGACUUUCAUCCAAGAACGCUUCAUCUUCAUCCGGGAGACUUCACACAACGCUUAUCGCGCUUCCUCUUAUGUCAUUGCUUCCCUCGUAGUAUACCUCCCUUUCUUCGCCAUCCAGGGAUUAACAUUCUCCACCAUUACAAGAAUCCUCCUCAAGCUGCACUGCAACCUCACCAACUUCUGGCUGAUUAUUUACGCCUCGCUGAUCACUACCAACGCUUACGUGAUGCUGGUCAGCGCCUUGGUUCCCAGUUACAUCACCGGCUAUGCUGUCGUGAUAGCUACCACAGCUCUCUUCUUCCUUACCUGCGGGUUCUUCUUGAAGAGCUCUCAGAUUCCCGGCAUCUGGAGAUGGCUGCAUUACAUCUCAGCUAUCAAAUACCCGUUUGAGGCCUUGCUGAUAAACGAAUUCGGAGAUGCUAAGCAUUGCUAUACUGGUAAUGUUUCGGAUCUAUCGCCUGGCCCUCUGGGAGAAGUGAAGUACAGUUCUGAUCAGCCGAGUUGCGGGUUGGCUGGUUUGGCUGGUGACGAUGUUCUGGUAUCCAUGAACAUCAAGGGCGGUAUCUGGGAAGAUAUCGCGAUCCUGCUGGCCUGGGGAGUUCUUUAUCGUCUCCUUUUCUAUGUGGUUCUCAGAUUCUACUCCAAGAAUGAAAGAAAGUGAAGCUAGCCCUGAAAACUUUGUUAUGCAUAUUGUGAUUAUUAACAUUCUAGCAAUUGUGAUUUUCAAUGGCUUAUUAUCUUUUAGACUCUAUAAAUAGCUCUCUAAGAUCAUGUGCAAUGACCUUGAGAUGACAUACCAGUAGAAAUCUCAGAGAAAUGAAGAAAGAAGAUAAACAAUAAUUCAAUUUUUCAGAAGGCGCUAGGCGCUAGACGGGUGCCCGGGAGCACCUAACGCCUAGGUAGCCGAGUAAUUAUUAUUAUUAUUUUUAAAAAAGACAGUUAACUGUUAGACUGUUAUGAUCACUCAAACUAGUCAAUUACAUAUGUUAGAUUGUUAGUUGACUACUUGGCAGGAGAAAUAUGGAAGAGGAGCAAGCGAGGCUAGUGAAGAUGACCAGGGCGACUCAAGACUCAGCGUAUCGAUUGCAACGACAAGCAGUCAGCAACUACGACCAAGCGACUCAACAACUCAAUGCAGCGACUACAACAACGAGUAAACAAGGAGGCUAAGGAAGAGUGGCAACGGCAAUUGCAGGAUGGAUAGAGACGACAUGCUCUGUGGAGAGGGCGACGCUAAGCUAUGUGGAUGCUCGACG